GAGAGGCUGUGGCUGCUUCUGCACCACCCACUUCAUUUCCCCACAAUCAACAGGAAGACUGGAGGCCAACGAGAGCAGCCACACUCUGCAGGAGAGGAAGGACGUAGAGGUCCAGCUGUACAGUCAGAACAAAGGAAAACAAUCAAGGCAAAGGAAUGAGCAAGAAUCAGAAAGAAGUGAAGAAAAUCCAGACGGUGUAUCUGCAGAACUUGGAGAAACUAAACCAGGGGAUAAAGCCGGACAAGAAAAGUUGGAAACCAAAGGAGGGAGACUUUGGUGCAGCGAUGGAAAAGCUGCGACAGCCGCCCAUAGCUGGAAAAGUAACCAAAAGCUCAGCACACACACACAGAAUCAGCAGAGAUCUCACCUGCUCCAUCUGCCUGGAUCUCUUCAAGCAACCGGUGUCUUUGCCCUGCGAUCACACCUUCUGCCAGGCGUGCAUUGAGGGUUACUGGACCGGCCCCAGGGGCCCCAGUCAAGGUGGCACAGGCUCCUGCCCCCAGUGCAGGAAGGUGUACCCUGGGCAAAGCUACAGGCCAAACCGCAUCGUCGCCAACAUAGUGGAGAGCUACUGUCAGGGUCUGGAGGAGAGCGGGACUGGACCCCGGCUGGCAGAUGUUGCGGUGACAGAGAGGGCUCCGGCUCCGGUCCCACGCUGCAGCAGACACAGAGAGGAGCUGAAGCUUUACUGUGAAGAGGACCAGGAGCUGGUGUGUCUGGUGUGUGGUUUGUCCCAGGAGCACAGGAAUCAUACCAUGGUGUGUGUUCAGGAGGCUGAACAGAAGUACAGGGCGUCUCUGAACAGCUCCAUGGAUUCCCUUAAAGCUGAGCUCAACACGGCGCUGCAAUAUGACAGGGAAGCCGAGGAAGAGGUUAAAAAGCUCAAGGAGCACACCGCUGACCUGAAGCAGCGCAUUGAGGCCCAGUUCAGCGACCUGCAUCAGUUCCUGUACCAGGAGGAGAAGCUCCUGCAGGUGAAGCUGAAGACGGAGGAGCGCAGGGAGCUGAUCCGACUGGACGAGCACAAGGCCCUGCUGUGCGUGGAGAUCUCUCGUCUGCAGAGAGCCCUCCACGAGAUAGAGGACAAGCUGAAAGAGCAGGACGCCUUCACUCUGCUGCGGAGCAUCAAAGUCCUGCUCCAGAGGCCUUCACUGAAGUUUGAGAAACCUGCGUUUACACCGCCCAGUCUGUGUGAAGGUCGGUUUGCGGGGCCCCUGCAGUACAGAGUGUGGAAAUCCAUGAAGGGAAGCAUUUACCCAGUUCCAGCAGCCAUCACCUUCAACUCCAGCACGGCCAACCCUUGGCUCAGCCUGACCUCCUCCCUCACCUGUGUCCGCUACCAGACCUUUAACCACACCGUGCAGGACAACCCCUACAGAUUCAAUGCUGCUCUGUCACUGCUCGGAAGCCAGGGCUUCACCCACGGGCGCCACUACUGGGAGAUUGAAGUCUACAGCAGCACAGUCUGGACUGUAGGGGUGGCCCGAGAGUCGGUGCCCAGAAAGGGGGUCAUCAAAGCCCUCCCUGCCAACGGCUUCUGGACUCUCUCCCUCUCUUAUGGGAUACAGUACAUGGCCGGCACUUCACCCCCGACCGUCCUGUCCCUGGAGGAGCCACUGGCCAGGAUCGGAGUGUACCUGGACUACAAGAGGGGCCUGGUGUCCUUUUACAAUGCGGAGUGCAUGACACACCUCUACACCUUCAGGGAGACCUUCACUGAGACCCUGUACCCUUACUUCAACCUGGGCUUUCUGGAUAAGGUGCAUGAAAAUGAGCCUCUCAAAGUUUUCUUACCAAAGAUUUAAAUAAACUGUGACAAAAAUACAACUGAAAGGGGGAUACAGGGGUAAAAAGUUACCAAACAAACAUGGAAAAGUUUACUUUCUACUGUAAAGAAUUAGAGUAGUAGAUUAAUGACAGAUAUUAGAAUAUCUGUCCAGUAGAAACAGAUGAAUCUUAAAGGUGCCCUGUGGACACAUGUGCACUUUGCAGCAUAUACAGUAUUAGCUUUUUACUGCCACCUGUUGAUCAGGUGUGACAGCAGUGUGACAUCAUUCAUACGGCUUUGUGUGCACCACAUAAACAAAGACGUUGCUCAGUUUGUAGACUGGAUCUACUGCCACACAUUUCAUGUCAGAGAAGCUGUGCUUCAAUGAAGAAUGUGAAACUGUCUGGUUACCUGACUGUAGUGAGUUAAAUGUGCUUUUAUGUUAGUUUGUUUUUAAUGAUUCAGUAAUAUUUUUUGUGCAUGUUACACUAAUACACUUAAUGAAACAUGUUUAUCACUCUAUACUGUGAUUUUAUUGACAUGUUGAAAAGUUGUAUAUUAUGUUUUAGUUGAUUUUGUGGUGUCAUAUCGUACUAAUGAUGCCUUUGGUGCAAUUGGGGACUGUGGGAAAUGUUAAGCUGUUUUUGUUGAAACUAGUAGCAGAACAUUUUUAUGUCAACAAAUUAUUUUAAUUUUGGAUAUCUACUUUGUACUUGUUGUGCUUGAUGCCGUGACUGUACCACCUGUUCACCCUGGCUGAUCCAAGGGCUGAUGCAUGUUAAGUGGCACCCAGUGUCACACUGAAUUAUAUCAAUAAAAGUCUUUCUUGUAACCUUUUCUCAAAGUUCCUAUUCUGACAUAAAAAUGAAGAGAACAUCCUUGAAUUUGACUACAUACUGUAGAUGUCGAAGAAGUGUGUAAUUGUUCACGAGUUGUCCCCAAGAGGUCAGUUAAUCACACCUGAGGCAGGAAGAACCACACAAGCACCUCUGCCUGGAACAAUCACCUCACCGUAUAGAGAGGCUGUAUGUGCUGCCUUCCUCCCUUUGUUCUCUCUUUGAACCCAGUCACUUUGUGUGUGUCCUGUAAGUGAAUUUCCUCAUUUAAUACCAGGCUAAAAAGUUUCACUGCGCUCUCUGGUUUAAAGUUUAAAGUUGCUCCUCUGUCCACACCCUGUAAGAUGUGUGUUCUGUUGUACCUGUAACCACACCGAUGAUGUCACAGUGUACUGACACCAUCCAGAGUACACUUCUACAUCAGUGGGGCAAGUUAAGAAAUAAAAUCACUUGUUGUGAGCAAAUUCAGCUGGUGUUAAAGCUAGGGUAGGCAGUGGGUGUUUUUUGUUU